CCUCUCACUCCUGGGGAUGAAUACUCGUUCACUCUCUUCACCGUGUUUGAGGGAGAAAGAAGCAAAGAAUACCCAUUUUCAGAGAUGACGGUUCCUGCAAGGGUGACCAAUGCGGACUGUAUCUCUAGAGACUUCUCUGUGACCAUAAAGUGGGAUAAGCCAGUAGGUGUGUGGAGUAAGAUCGAGGUGAACGGCAGUGGGAAUAUUGACGAUAAUGACUCAGGACCAACACGGGUUGUGUCUGGACUUCAGCCGGCUAAAUCAUACAGUUUUAGUGUUACCACACUCUCCGGAGCAAUGAGGAGUUCACCUCAAUGGAUCAGCUGUCAAACUCAAUCAACGGUGAUCUGGGUUCCAGUGCUGGUCAUCAUGUUAUUGGGUCUGGCUGCUGGUGCUGGUGUGAUUCUCUUACGACGAAGAACCAGCUGCUGA